GGGUUACAACAUUGGAAUUCGGUUAAUCGAGGACUUUCUUGCCAAAACGACCAACAAUCUCGGUCGAUGUACGGAUUUUCGAGAGACAGCAGAUGUGAUUUCUAAGGUUGGUUUUAAAAUCUUUUUGAACAUUACACCAACAAUAUCAAACUGGUCUGCAAAUGGAAAGGAGUUUUCACUCAUCUUUGAUGAGAAUCCCCUAGCCGAAUUUGUUGAAUUGCCUGAUGAUGGAGCAGGCGAUGAAUUAUGGUACUCUAAUAUAUUAUGUGGUGUGCUUAGAGGAGCUUUAGAAAUGGUCCAAAUGCAGGUCGAAGCGAACUUUGUUAGUGAUGUGUUAAGAGGAGAUGAACAGACUGAAAUGAGAGUGAAACUGAUUCGAUAUCUUGAAGAGGAAGUUCCAGCAGGAGAGGAUUAG